AUGGCGUCGGCUGUACCUUACGAUCCCUACGAUGAUUUAGACAAUAAUCCGUUUGCUGAGCCACACGAAGAUUCUGAACCAGUUGCAACAAACACAGACGACUCAUCUUAUAUAGCGAAAGAGCAAACAACUUCUGAAGGAGCUGCUGUUGUUGAUCGAGGUAACAAUACUGCGGAUAUCUCCCAAGAGGAUUCAGGUAGAGAGGAUAGAGCAGCACAGUCAAAAACUUCAAACGAACAAAAUAGCAACAAUUUGUCAGUCCAACCACCACAAAAUGUUAUUCUUCCAGAAAGAAAUGAUGAAAAAAGAAAAUACAGUUUGCUUGUCAAAACAACAGGAUUGGAACGAUUUGGAUCUAUAACCGGUAAGAAAGAGAAUCCGGCUAUCAUAUUUGACUGCUCAACAAACCUGCCUACAUUUCGCAAACAACAGUAUAAGAAUGUAAAAAAAUCAUAUGAAGAAUUUCACCAACUAUUCAAAUAUCUUAAUGUUGCUAUCCAGGAAUCUUUUGUCCCCACACUUCCUCCUGCGUACACAACAUUCGGAAUUAAUAGCGAAGAGGAUAGGUCUAAGAUAACACGGAAUUUCCAACUUUGGUUUAACAGAAUAUCACAGGAUCCUUUAAUUAUUCGAAAUGAAGAGGUGGCUUUUUUCAUUGAGAGUGACUUUAAUACGUAUUCACCGAUUAACAAAUCCAAAUCACUAGCUUCUGGAUUGAAGAGAAAAACUUUAAAGCAAUUGGCGCCCCCAUAUGAUGAAGUCACAGAACUAGCAGAAUUCCGGCCAUUAGUCAAAUCUAUAUAUGUUGUUUCCCAGAAUUUGCAAGAAAAACUGCUAAAAGUUUCCAGAAACCGCAAAAUGAUGGUUCAAGAAGAAAAUGCCUUUGGUCAGGAUUUUGUUAAUCUAGAUGAGCACAAUAAAUUGUACAAGAGAUAUGGUAGAAUACUAACUGCUGUCGGCGAUAUUGAUAGCAUCAUAGCCACUAUGGAUAUGGCUACCUUAUACGAUGGUUUAGAAUGGGUUGUUAGAGACGCUUAUGUGGUGAAGGAAGCUUUGACCAAUAGGCAUUUUGUCAUGCGAAGUCUAAUUCAAGCACAACAGAACUCCAAGACAAAACAGGAACAAGCACGCAGAUUCAGGUCAAGAAGGGACAUCAAUCCUAUGAAAAUUGAUGAAGCAUUACGUCAGUUAAAAAUGGCAACCAAAAAAGAGCAAGUUUUGACUUUGAAGCUUCAGCGAAUCACUUCAAACAUGAUUAUCGAGAGAAGGCAGUGGAUCAACUGGUAUGAAGAAUGGAUAAGAAAUUCAAUCAAGCAAUUCACACUAAGAAAGAUAGAAUAUGAAAGAAAGAAGCUGACGCUGCUUGAACGUGUACGUUCCGAUAUUAGAAAAGCCGACGAAAACGGAGGUUUGUCACGUUUGGGACGCAAUGCUGUCUCGGUUAAGAGUACUGACACUUCUCAAACCACUAAAGGCGACAGUUGGACAGGAGAGAACAACCGCAAAAGUCAAAUCCCCAUCAAUAAGAUUGCCCAUACUGAAUUCGAUGAUGAGCUGGUCACUGAAGAUGAUGGAUCUGUCUCUCAAGAAUUCGAUACUGCAUCACUGAAUGCUCGCCAUGCAGCCUCACUUUUAGGCAUGUCUAACAAAUAG